AAAUUAGUUCCUAACCUAACCUAACCUAACUUAACCUCCACCAAGUUGAGAGAUUUUAAAUUUUCAAUUACAAUGCAAAUGUUGUUUAAUUUUUGUACUCGAAUAUAUAUUUCAUGAUUAACUAGAAUGUCUCGAUUAAUAGUGAAAAAUCUUCCCAAACUUAUAACUGAAGAGAAACUGAAGAAUUUAUUUGGAGAAUAUGGUAUAGUUACGGAUAUACAGCUCAAGUAUAAAGAUGGCAAAUUUAGGCAGUUUGCUUUUAUUGGUUAUAAAAAUGAAGAUGAAGCACAAAAGGCAAUCCAGUCCUUAGAUAAAACAUUUAUAAGUACUAGUAGAAUAACUGUUGAACCUUGUGCUUUACUUGGUGAUUCUCAAAAACCAAAAUCUUGGAGUAAAUACGCAUCAGACAGCAAUGCAUAUAAAAAAACUCAUAAACAUGAGGAGAAACCCAAACAACAAUUGGAAGAUAAUAAGGAAGAAGUUGAAGAAAAUGAAACAGUUGAACUUAUAGCAAAGUAUAAAAGUGAUCCUCUAUUCGAAGAUUUUCUGCAAGUCCAUAAAAAGGAGGCACUUACUGUUGAAAAAUUACUGUCUAAAACCAUAAAGGACAAUGUGGAAAAUCAGGAAUGUGAUGAAGAAAACAAGGGAGAAGAUAGUGGGAAUAAUGAAGAGGAUGAUGAGAAAUUGGCUAACAAAAGCAUAUCUGAUUUAGAUUACAUGAAACAAUUAAAAAAAUCUGCAAAGUCGAAUGAAAAAAAAAUUAAGGAAAAAGUUGACUUUUUCACGAUUAAGCUGAAAGGUUUACCUUAUAAUUGCAAAAAGAAAGAUAUUAAGGCUUUUUUGAAACCAUUAUCAGCUCAAAGUAUUCGUGUGCCUCGUAAGAUACAUGGAAUUGCAUUUGUUGGAUUUAAGGAUGAGAAAAAAUUCAAAAAAGCCUUAUUGAAAAAUAAGAGCUUCUUAUCUGGACACCAAAUCUUUAUCACAAAAUAUGAGGUUGAAAGUAAAGAAGCUGACGAAAAAGAUUCGGGUGAGUCUAAGCAUUCAAAAUGGGUGUCCCAAGAAGAAUCAUUGAAGAAUGAGGAGGAAAUUGCGGAAUCUGGAAGAAUUUUUAUUAGAAAUCUUGCAUAUACUACAACAGAAGACGAUUUACGACCACUGUUUGAGAAAUAUGGACCCAUCACCGAAUUGAAUUUACCAAUCGAUCCGACAAGCAGGCAAAUAAAAGGGUUUGGAACAAUUACAUAUCUUAUGCCCGAACAUGCAGUGAGAGCUUAUAGUGAACUAGAUGGCUCCAUUUGUCAGGGAAGGAUGUUGCAUCUUCUGCCAGCAAAAGCUAAAGAUUCAGUGGAAAAUAAUAACAUUGAAGAAUCUAGUAACUACAAACAAAAAAAGGCCGCCCUACAGAAAGCGAAAGCAGGUCAUUCAUACAAUUGGAAUGCCUUAUUUCUUGGUCAUGACGCUGUAGCUGAAGUAAUAUCCGACACUUUUGGUACUCAAAAAGAAGAUAUUGUGGGGCCUGACGGUAAAGGUAGUGUUGCUGUCAGAUUGGCACUAGGUGAAACAAAGAUUGUUAGCGAGACAAAAAAAUACUUAGAGGCCGAAGGUGUGAAUUUGGAUGCUUUCAAAAUGAUGAAUUGCAAAAGAUCAAAUAGAAUAAUUUUGGUGAAAAAUUUGCCGUCUCAGACAAGGUUCUUGGAAAUCAAAGAAUUAUUUGAGAAAUUUGGAGUAAUUAGUAGAAUCAUUUUGCCUCCAUCUGGAAUAACAGCUGUUGUUGAAUUUGAUGAAGCAGCAGAAGCAAGAAAGGCAUUCAAAAGACUCGCAUAUAGCAAGUUCAAAAAUGUACCUCUUUAUUUGGAAUGGGCGCCAGAGGAUAGUUUGAAAGAGAAGAAUUCAAAUAUUCAGGACAAAAAAGAUGACAUGGAAGUAAAAAACAAUGAAAACGAACCUGAAAAGAAUGAAGUUUCGGAAGAUGAUGAAGAACCAGAACCUGAUACAACGUUAUUCGUCAAAAAUUUGAAUUUCAAGACAACAGAUGAAGAUUUGAAAAAGUUUUUCGAAAAUUGUGGGAAAAUUCAUUAUGCAACUGUUGCAAGGAAAAAAGACACGAAAAAUCCUGGUGCUACUCUUUCCAUGGGUUAUGGAUUUGUUAGGUUCAAAACAAAAGCUGCCACCGAUAAAGCUUUGAAGACCAUGCAACAAAGUGUUUUGGAUGGAAAGUCUCUAGAAUUGAAAAGAUCAGAAAGAAUAUUGCAGACUGAUGUAGAAGUACAGCAGCGGAAAGCCCCCAAGAAUGUUAAACAAAAUGGCACAAAACUUUUGGUGCGAAAUGUUCCAUUUCAAGCUAAUAAAAAAGAAAUUCAAGAAUUAUUUAGUGUAUUUGGUGAGAUUAAAGCACUAAGGUUGCCCAAAAAAUUAUCUGGAGAAAGCCAUAGAGGGUUUGCUUUUGUAGAUUAUGUAACCAAUAGUGACGCAAAGAAAGCGUUUGAGGCUCUAUCUCAAAGUACCCAUUUGUAUGGUCGUCGGUUAGUACUUGAGUGGGCUGAGCUUGAAGGGGAUGAAGCCACAGGAAAGAGGUCUGCAGAAAACUUCCAGAAGGAUGAAGGUGACAGCAAUAAAAAAUUCAGAAAAAGUGUAUUUAAUAUGGAAUAAAUUUGUAUAUAUGUUAA